GAGGGACCGUGACGCCCUUGCCCUCUCUCCUCCGAUCACGCCAUAGGGCGCGUCGGGUUGAUGGUUCAGAUUGAUAGGACGAUAGGAACGAAGCGAAAUAGGGCGAUGCUGUGAACUAGAUAGCAUUGGCGUUAGCUACCUCGAGCGCGGUCGUAGUGUCUUUCCUCCCGUGGUUUUGCCCUCCUACCUACCUACCUUUAUCGGGUUGGCCACAGUCAUGCACGUCCCAGCGCGGGGCGAGGUACCCGACCUACCUACUACUAUCGGCCGAGCUGCCACAGAGCAUAGGUCUCGGGCCGCCCUACCUACCUACUAGUGACUAGCCUCCGUAGCUGGUGCGGAUCACAGGGCGCCAAUCUACCUACCUACGACUCGCCCUAUCUCUUAGCAGGCGCCUUUCAACAAUUCCCGACGUGCCCUACCUACCUACGUCCGCCCGGCGCCGCUAGCUCGCGCGGGUGGGUCAGAGAUGAUCUCCGGUCUGCCCUACCUACCUACUACCAGCGACUAGUAGUCGUUGUGUAUGCGGGCCGCGCAGAUAAGAGAUCCCCGACCCGCCCGACCUACCUACUAUGGAGCGCGUCCGGGGGUUUGCGCCCCAGCUUUUGCACAGGCGCCCAAGCUAGCCACCGUGGCUGUGGGCUUUCUAUCUGGCCGGCGGGGGCCCAAGCUUCUGCAAAAUAGGUGAUUGGCGGGGCUUCCGCGGCCGAGGGCCGGCCUUCGGCCCCCGCCCCUGGCGCGCGCAGCAGAAAGAAGCGGCGGACACGACUGGGCAUGGCCUUCUGCGUCGGUUGCAAAUGUGUGGGCGGCACUUUUUCGGUUUCUCAGUAGGUAGGUAGACAGUUGCGCCCCAGAUCUCGCAGCAGACCAAGGCCUGGCGGAGCGUCAAUCAUCGUUGCUCAUUUCCAAGAUAGGCGAACUUCGCGAUGUCUAGCAGUUUUCAUACCGAAAAGCGACCGUUUCGAAUGGUCUGCAACAAAAGUCCCAAGCUUGGUAUAGUGCACGUCGACGCGUGUUUGUUUCACAAUUGGGAGCUGCUCCUUCGAUUUGUACUUAUUUCUGUUGAUAGCAAUUUGCCUUUUUUUUUUCAGUACUAGAAAGUCUAAGUUGCCUUUUAUUUUUGCGAUUUUGAUGAUGUCAUGCGCGCGCGCCUGCACCCGCCACGUGCUCAGAAAGUGCCCCCAGCCAUGAUUUGAUGCUUGCGCCCAAUACAGAAUUUGCAACACGCCCAGGCGCUUCUACUAGGGCAUGCUAAUUGAUGAUAUCGUUACUUUUGUCUGCUCCGACGCCGAGAACCUCGUCGCGGUGCCGCGUCGAGUUCUCCGGACGCUUGAGUACUAUAUGAAAAAUGCUGAUAAAUAUGUUAGGAAAAAAAAAAUGCGCUCGCGCCAGGCCCGCCCCUACAACGAUAAUUAUGCAGAUUAAUUUAGGAGAAGGAGAAAAAGAAACUACUACAAUUCAGACAGCCGCCCGCCCGAAUUGAGUUUUUCCUUGCAGCCAAAGCCAUUGCCUCGCGCCAUCCGCCUGAAGCUGCAGCCGAGCCCUGCCCAUUGCGCGUAAGAAAAUAAAUUGCGCCGAAUGUUGUGAGCUGUCUUCACGCGCCCGAUGCAGCUAUGUGCAUCUUUUUUCACACUUUGAAAUUUGAAAGCUUUUUUCGUGCAGCUACUAGAUGAACGGUACGUACUUACUUACUUCUCGUUCUCCUCCUGAGGUACAGGAGAAAUCGGUGCUUGAUGGUACGUGCAUGAUUUUCGCUCGGUCUGAAAAUAUAAUGUUUCGCCGGCGUCCACCGACCUCGUUCAUGCUUCGCUCGUCCGAGUUUGGGUUGCGUCGGUUCUUUCGUUCAAGAAUUCCUAAACCACUUCGUGUCUACGUAUCUGUAGCGAACCAAAAAAACAAAAAUAAAAAGUCUGCAGCGGCUCGUUCUACCGUUACAAAAAGAUCCACUUGUUUCACCUCACUAUUCGUGCUGAAUGUUCUCCGCCUCAUCGUCCCUCCUUCUUGUUCCAAAACAGUGCCUGUGGCCUACGGAAAGCGAAGAAAUACCCGUUCCUAUCUCACAUGUAGCUUUUUAGACACAAUAAAAUUACGGUUGGUGAGUGAUCCGCCAGUGGCGGUGUGUUGUCUUCAGAUUGAUGAUCACGCAUGGGAAUAA